AUGGCUAACAAGGAAAUCAAUCUGAAGGAGGAAAAUGGAGGCGCUUUGGUGGGCACCGCGAUUGUCUUCCUCGCCUUAAGUUGGAUUUCUAUCGCCCUCCGCACCUACACCAGAGCCUUCUUGAUGAAGGGUUAUCAAGCCGAUGACUGGCUUAUGUUUAUUGGCCAAUUGAUCUUUACGGUAUCGUGUGUCUUCAUCCUCAUAGGAGUACACGAUGGACUUGGUCGACAUAAUGAAGCCAUCAAAAAUGACAGUGACGAAGUGAAUGCGCUCAUGUGGCAGGCUCUUGCGACCGCAACCUACGUCCUCGAUAUGAUGUUUAUCAAGUUGAGCAUCGGCGUUUUCCUUCUACGACUCUCGGUUCAAAAGGUGUACACGUGGAUACUCUGGGUUAGCCUGGCUAUCAUCACCAUUUGGAGUUGCGUCAUCUUCUUCUGGGACAUUUUCCAAUGCAGCCCAGUCGCGAAGCAGUGGGACUUCAGAAUCACGGAUGGCCAGUGUGUGACUGCCGAUCAGAUCGUCGCCGCGGCAUAUUCAAUCAGUGUUAUGACUAUUUUAUCGGAUUGGCUCUACGCGCUUCUUCCUGUUCCUAUGUUGUGGACUGUGAAGAUGACCAAACAAGCCAAGGCAACCGUGAUUGUUAUUCUCGGCCUUGGUGUUUUUGCAAGUAUCGCGACGCUUAUCCGACUGAAGUUUCUGGCCGAUCUGACAGACACAGACGAUAUUCUAUUUGCUGGAACUGAUGCCAUGGUCUGGACUCUCGUUGAACCCGGCGUUGCCAUUGUCGCAUCUAGUUUGGCUACUAUUCGCCCAUUGCUCCGCGCCAUGAAGAUCAAGGGAUUCGAAUCCACCGACCGCGCCUACGGCACCGGUCGCUCAGCCACCAUGCGAUCUGGCACUCGAUCUAAGUCCGGCACAUUGCCCGGUUUCGGCCCCAACGACGUGUCACUCAUUAAAGUCGAGCCCAAGUAUGACACGGGGUCUAAUCUUGCACCAAUGGCCAAUCGUGCACCUCACCCAUUCCACAACAAGAGCCUGCCGGCGGUGCCUCUCUCCCCGGGUCAACAGAGCACCGUUAGGAGCGAGAUUUACGUGAUCCAGGGCAACCAAAGCAGCUCGCCGCCGAGGAACUGGCACACGCGGGCCUACAGUUCCUCAUCCCCGAGCGGGUCGAUCGACAUGAUGCACGACCUUGAAGCCCAGAGCCAAGAGACAGGACGCUAUGGGCUCGGCAACGGGAAAUAA